GGGCACGGGAGGCCACGUCGUAAGAACAUGCGUUGGUAACCCUCACAGGCAAGAUGCUUUGGGAAGCGCGACGCCAGACCAAGACUGCGUGUUAGUUUUGGAUCAAGUCUAUCCGUUGAAAAAAACGAAGGCUAGUCACCCAGCGCAGUAGCCUCCGCAGAAGUCGGGACGGUGGCGGUGUACGGGCCGUCUUCUGCGGCCCAGCCGCGUCGCUGCGAUGCGGGCGCCCCUCCUCGCAGCAGUCAUCCUGAGCCUGAGCCCCGCGGUCUGCCUCUGCGGGUCCGCACCGGCGCCUUGCGGCGACGAGGAUGGCUCCUGCGGCGUCUCGGACGGCCCCGCCUUCGAUGUGGACGUGGGCGCGCAGGAGGCCGAGGAGGCGGCAGCGCUUCGCGUCGAGCUCCUGCAGAAGGCCCGACUGGCCCGCCGCAGCGACGCCGCCGACUCUGCGCUGCAGGCCGCGGGGCGCUGACAGAAGUGGCCAUGGCCCAGGAUAUUCCCUUGGGCUGCCAGGGGUGCAGUGUUGCAGGCCCAAGGUGGCCCCAGUCGACGCUCAGAGAGGCAGGGCACCUGAAGCGGGGAACACUGGGCCAGGGACCCUUUUGUCGGCUUUUGAAGGCCAGUCUGGCCGAGGACUGCACCGACAGCGACGACGGCUUGAAGGACGCCGUGGCCCCAUUCGGCCUCUCAAUUGGCUACUGCAGCCAGGCCGCGGACAAGUGCAACGCGUGGCCUGUGGGCUCCGUCAUCAGGUCGUACUGCUGCGCGACGUGCAGCCAGGAGAGUGCGCCAGCGCCGUCGCCAAUUUACGACCCGAACUUGACACGCGCUUCUCAGGUGUGCGUUUCGAACAAAGGAGGCUUCAAGCUCAAGUUCGAGCUGUGGGACACGGAGACGAACAUGCGCAUGCCAGCGACGAACAGCUACGCGGCAGGCGGAAAGGAAUGCCGCAACAUCAGCGACAUACUCAUGGUCGAAGGCGGGCACCCCGUCGUGACUGUCGUCUACCUGACAGCGGGCAAGACUAUUACCCUGAGCCCCGUCAUCUACGACCCGGCUCUGAGCGCGGCGGCCGGCUCCCACAACCUCACGUGCAAGGGAGGCACCGGCACCCCGAGCUGCGUGAAGUACCUGACGGACGGCUCCCAGGCCGACGUGCCGCAGUUCCCGGCGCCCGACUUUGCGGUUUGGCGUCCCGCGGUGAGGGCGAGCCAGAUCUGUCUGCAGAAUAGCGGAGGUUACCGGCUGCGCUUCCAGGUGUGGAACACCGCGUGGAAUGCGUUGUCGCCUGUGUCCGACGGCUUCGACCACUCGAGCAGCAAGUGCAUAUCUGGGGACUUCAUGAGCGAGGUCCAGGAGGGCAACCCAUUGGUGCCGAUAACGUACGUCCAGGGAGGCGGCCCACUGAUGUUCCACUCGGUCAUCUACGACGUCACAGCGGCCGCCGCUAUCUACAGCUGCGGUGGCGGAACGGGCACCUAUUCUUGCAGUCUGAUCGGCGCUUGAGCGCUGAGCAGAUGGGCCAACCGCGGUGUGAAUAUUAUUAACUGCGCUAUACGACAUAAUGUAGCUUCGCCCUUGUGCGCCUAGGCGUACAGGCCAGCAUGGGGGCUGGAUGGUUUCGAGGCGGCUUAAAGCGCGCCUGCUUCAGCUUUAAGCGGCCAAUGACGCAGCUGCUUCUGAAGCACCGCCGUCGCUGUCGUGUGCAGGGAGAAGAAGGCACACAAG